AUGCUCUCCCCCUUCCUCGUCGUCCCCGUCGCGCUCGCGACCCAGCUCUCGCUCGUGGGAGCUGCCACCACCCUCGCGCUCUCGCCUGUCUCGGGCCGCUCUGGCGCAUACAUGCAGGGCGCGCCCGACGCGGGGCGUACACGCGUCACGCACAUGAAGGAGCGCGCAGCUCGCGUCGCGGGAUACGCAGAGGGCUCCACGACGAUCCCCGCCACGAACCUCGCGUAUGUGCAGUACACCGCAAACAUCGGCGUCGGGAGCCCGCCGACGUACUACAACAUCGUAGUGGACACCGGGAGCUCGAACACGUUUGUGGGCACGGGAAACCCGUACGUGAAGACCAGCACGAGCGUCCCGACCGGCCAGGAGGUCAACGUUACGUAUGGCUCAGGAUUCUUCUCCGGAUAUGAAUACCUGGACCAGGUGACGAUCGCGCCCGGCCUCGUGAUUGUGAAUCAGAGCAUAGGCGACGCGCUCGAGUACGCCGACUUCGAGGGCGUCGACGGUAUCAUCGGCGUGGGGCCCACGGACCUCACGCUCGGCACGCUCUACCCCGCAGUCGACGCGGCGAUCCCGACGGUGAUGGACAACGCCCUCAAGCAGGGGCUCAUCCCCACAGAGAUCCUGGGCUCGAUCACGUACACGCCCGUGACGACGACCUACCCCUCGAACUACUACUGGGGCAUCAACGUCACCAGCGCGACGUACGGAGAGACGACGGUCAUUCCCGCGAGCUACGCGGGCAUCGUCGACACGGGCACGACGCUGAUCUACAUUGCGGACGACUGGUAUCAGACGUACCAGGACUCGAUUCCGGGCGCGUACUACGACGGGAACAACACGGGGCUCAUCGUCAUCCCGUUCGAGGCCAUCCCCUUCAUGCAGCCCUUCACCUUCUACGUCUCCGGUAUGGCGCAGCUCCUCCCGCUGUGGCAAAACGAGGCGUGGGGCGCGGAGCCGAACCUGCAGUACGGCUACAUUGGUCCGAUUGGGUCGCUCAGCGGGGAGGGGCUCGACUUCAUCAUCGGCCAAAAGUUCAUGGAGAGGUUCUACGCGGUUUUCGAUACGCCAAACUCGCGCGUUGGGUUUGCAUAUACGUGA